AUGAUUAGUACAGUUCCCAACAUUCCUGGCGAGUUUGUCAAGGACAAUGCACAUCUUAAGGAAAAAGUGGCUGCACUUUUAAAAUUAGAAAGCUACAAAUUUCCAGGUGCACAACCUGUUAGCUUUGGUGCUGAACAUUUGACGGAAAUUGAGCAAGAAGAUUACUUUGUUGCUGAAAAGUCAGAUGGUGUACGCUGUCUUGCUCUAUUAACUGUUAACGAAAGAAAGGAACCAGAAGUGUACCUUUUUGAUAGAAAGAAUAACUUUUAUGUUGUUCGUAACUUUCGCUUUCCUAUUCCUGGAGAUCCAACCUUUAGGAAGUGUCUAAACAACACAAUCAUUGAUGGUGAAUUCGUACUAGAUAAAGAACCCGAUGGACGAAUGCAACUACGGUUUUUAUUAUUUGACUGUCUCUGUAUAGAAUCAAAGGUACUUGUCUCACGCGGAUUGAUGAGCAGGCUUGGCUAUUUAAAGUCGGAUAUCAUCAAGCCGCAUCACGAAAUGAUAAAGAAGAAUCCACAUAUGCUAAAAUAUCAACCAUUUUUAGUGGAAUUCAAGGAACAACAGUUCACUUAUCAUUUAGAUGUUGUGUUUAAUGAAAUUAUACCCAAACUUAAACAUGGAAACGAUGGUUUAAUAUUUACUGCAGUGAAUGCUCCUUACAUGAUGGGAACAUGUAAAAAAAUGUUAAAGUGGAAGCCAUUAAACGAAAACUCUGUAGACUUUAAGGCUUCACUCAUAUUUCCUGGAUCGUCAUUACCAGGAGUAAAGGAUUACACUGCAAAGCCAAAGAUUAACUUGCUUGUAUGGCAAGGUGAUAAAGAAUACAAAGUUUUUGAUCAAUUGGGCAUCACAGAAGAAGAAUGGAAGAAGCAAUUUGGAAAAAAUCCAAAAUAUAUGGAUGGAAAGAUCAUUGAGUGUAACUAUGAUCCAGAAGUCCAGCAGAGGCUCGGUUUGCCAUCUCCAUGGCGGUUUAUGAGAUAUAGAGACGACAAAUUAGAUGGUAACUUCCAAUCUGUCGUGGAUAACGUAUUAAAUAGUAUAAGAGAUGCUGUGUCAAAAGAGCAGCUAAUAGAACAUAUGCCAACCAUUAAAAAGGCUUGGACUAAACGCAAAGAGCAGUCUGGAGAACCCCAGGCAGAUGGAAGACAGGCCAAGAAGCCGAGACAAGAAUGA